AUGGGAACCUGCGAUCAGAAAACUACCGAGAGUAUCCUGGACUACUUCUACAGUGAAGGGGGGAACUUCUUCGAUACCUCGAACAACUACCAGGCCGAGGAGUCCGAGCGGUGGAUCGGAGAAUGGAUGAAGAAGCGCGGCGUGCGCGAUCAAAUGGUCGUCGCUACCAAAUUCUCGACCAACUUUCACGCUGGUCGCGGUGACCAGGAAAUAAUUGUCAAUUUUAAUGGGAAUGGCACCAAGAGCCUGCACACCUCGCUCUAUGUGCACUGGUGGGAUUUUGCCACCUCGAUCCCUGAACUGAUGCAGUCACUCAACCACCUGGUCGCCGCCGCAAAAGUUCUCUUCCUCGGGGUGAGCGACACCCCGGCCUGGGUGGUGAGUAAAGCCAACGAGUACGCGCGCAACCAUGGGCUGCGUCCCUUCAGUGUCUAUCAGGGCCGGUGGAAUGCAGCGUUACGGGACUUUGAGCGGGAGAUCCUGCCCAUGCGUCGAGCGGAGGGCAUGGGGAUUGCCCCCUGGGGCGCCCUGGGGGGCGGCACCUUCGUGUCUGAAGCCCGGGAGAAGCGCGAGGGACGAGCAGUGGAACCCGGGGAGAACGAGCGACAGGUGUCGCGCGUGUUGGAGAAGUUGGCCCAGCGAAAGGGCACGCUUCUAACCAGCAUCGCCCUGGCCUAUGUGACCAGCAAAGCCCCCUAUGUUUUCCCCAUCGUUGGCGGGCGCACGAUCGAUCAUUUGCGCGGAAACAUCGAGGCACUCACCCUCAAGCUCUCGGAGGAGGAAGUUCGUGAGAUCGAGGCUGCUUUACCAUUCGACCUGGGGUUUCCCAUGAACUUCCUGUACGGAGGGAGCUCUGUGGUCGAGCACCCGGGGGCCGUCUGGAUUCUGCGGAUGGGAGGUGAGCUCGAACAUGUGCCAGAGCCGAAGCCAUUGUCCAAAGCAUGAUGAAGUUGGAUGGAAAUCCUGGAUUUCCCUCUGUACCCUCAGGUGUAGCACUUCUUUG